AUGCCCUCAGGAUUCAGGGCAGGAGAGAGAUUGUCAGUGACCAAGAAAACUGUCCCAUUUGUUAGCUGGCAGAGUUUUGAAGCUGAACAAGAGAUAGAACCCUUCCUAGGGAGCACAGAGAAAGCAAAGUACACAGGAGCUUUAUAUGGCAGGAUAGUUGGCCUGAUUCUUGUGUCCAUUUUUGGUGUUCAAACCAAUGAACAAGGGGCGUGGAUUGAUCCGGGACUCUUUGCUGCUGUUGGCGCUGCUUCUUUUUUCAGCGGUGUGUCAAGACUAACCAUCUCCCUCACAGUUAUCAUGGUAGAGAUCACGAACGAUGUACAGUCCUUGCUACUUGUGAUGCUGGCUGUCAUGGUGGCCAAGAUGAUCAGUGACUGGUUUAACAUGUCCCUGUAUAGCUCCUUACUGAAGUUGAAAGGCAUUCCCUACUUAGACUCUGAACCUCUUGCUAGCCACAGGAAAAAACGGUUAAACCUGGAAUUGUUUUUUGCCAGAGAUGUCAUGGAGCCUUGUGUUAAAGUCCUUCGCUUAAGGGAAAACAUUGCCUCACUAGCUCAGCUUAUUGCUAGCACCAGCCAUGGUGGAUUCCCAGUGGUUUACAAACCCAAGCCGGACCAAGCAGAGGUGUUCCUAGGAACUAUUACAAGGUUAGAACUGUGCAUGCUGCUGCAACAUGAAGCCAUCUUUGAAACAGAAACUAACCAUGAUUCUCUUUCCUGCUGUCCUCUUCUCCUCUACCAGAAGAUAACAGUGGAGAAGUUGCCUGAUCCACCACAGAUGACCAUGCUGCUGAAUCGCUACAGUACAGAUCCUCAGUAUCAGCAACUCUUCAUCAAUCUGGAGCCGUACAUAAACAAAUCAGCGGUGUCAGUUCAGGCUCAUUUCUCUCUGCAACGCACAUACAUCAUCUUUCGGACCUUGGGCCUUCGCCACCUGACAGUUGUUGACCUACAGAACCGAGUUGUUGGAAUAAUAACCAGGAAAGAUCUGAUGUCUUUCCAGCUGGAGGAGAGGCUGGCACAUCAGCUGGCAUCGCAGAAACAUGACUCAGAUGAGCAGCUCUUAGAUUAAGAAAAGAGAACAGAACUGUGAAUGUUUUAUUUAAGAUUUGUCACUUUAAUUUUUUUUUUUUUAAUAAGCCUGCAUUCUUCUUAGGUAAGGGAAAAAAUAGAUAUGACUGUGCUGUUAGAUUCCUUUAGAGCAGGGAAGUUCAAAAGGCAUCCUCCCUGGGCCCUUAAAUGUAUCCUACCACUAGCUCCCUUGAACCAUAGGAUGAUGGCAAAGUUCAUUGACUGCAGAUUUGACAGGGCACUGGGUUAUGUGGACCAUUGGUCUGACCCAGUAUGGCUGUUCUUAUGUAUGUUCUGAUAUUUUUAAGGCUUGUGAACUAAAUCAGAAUUUUUCUACUCAUCUGCCAUGGAAGGCAUAAGUACAAGCAGAUAUGAAGGUUGAGGUUAAAAUGUCCCAAAGUGUCUAUUUUCAAAAGUGACAUAGUCA